AAUAUGUAUUUUAUGAUGACUAGAGGACAGGGAAAAUUGUUGUCUUCCUCCAAGUGGAAGAACCCAGAUUAUCAUUUAUAAACGAGUGAAGUUCCGAGGCGCACCGACUGGGUGCAGUUCCCGUCUGACUUCGGUACCAUUGCUCCUCAGUGGAGUGGUGGUGAAAGCAUUUCAAAAGUGUGUCCACCGUGAGAGUUGAAAGAUUUGAUCACAGCGCAUUACGCACGCUCAUACUACCGACCCGAGUAGGCUACAAUAUCUUAUCACAUAGUUUCUUUAUUCAAAGUUAUAGUGCAUUUUUUUUUAUUCAUCAACGUGUAUAGUUUUAUUAUCUUUCUUGGAUAUUAAAAAAGAAGACGAAUCGUUUCUUUAUUGACCAGCGUUAUGGAUGUUUCAAAAGGCUUCUUGGUUUUAACGCUAGUCUGCACGUUGGGACCUAUGCUGUCCCUUCAGAUGUGUGACAUCAUGCUGGAGAUCGAGAAGGAGAAAGAGAUGUGCAUGGCCCAGGCAGAAAACAUGACAACAGGUUGCAGUGGGAUGUGGGACAGGGGGGCCUGCUGGCCCAGCGCCAAUAUAGGACAGGUGGUCACCAUCCCCUGCCCUGACUACUUCUUAGACUUGACCAACGACUUCAUCAUGGGUAACCUGUCAAAGACCUGCAACAGUGACGGCUGGUCUGAGUUUAGCCCUGCUUCUUAUGCACUGAAUUGUGGGUACAACGCCAACGCCACCAUAGGUGAUGAUGAUGACAUGAGGCAGUUCUACUGGGCAGUGAAAGUAGGCUACACCAUCGGACACAGCAUCUCUCUCAUCUCCCUCGCCAUCGCUAUCGUCAUACUCUGCACCUUUAGGAAGUUGCACUGCACCAGAAACUACAUCCACAUGAACCUGUUUGUGGCGUUCAUACUGAAAGCCAUGGCUGUGUUCAUCAAAGACGUGGUUUUAUACGAGGUCGGGGAAUCUGACUGCCAAUCUGAAACUGUGGGAUGUAAGGCAGGGGUUGUCUUCUUCCAGUACGGCAUCAUGACCAGCUACUUCUGGCUACUGGUCGAAGGCCUCUACCUGCACACCAUAUUGGCUGUCUCCUUCUUCUCCGAGAGGAAGUACUUCUGGUGGUACAUUCUGAUUGGCUGGGGGGCCCCAACCGUUUUUAUCACUGCUUGGGUAGUUACAAAGGCCUAUUUAAAACACGCUGGGUGCUGGGACAUUAUUAACGACCAUCCCUGGUGGAUCAUCAAAACGCCAAUAUUAGUGACCAUACUGGUGAACUUCAUCCUGUUCAUCUGUAUAAUCCGGAUCCUGCGUCAGAAAAUGAAUUGCAGAGACAUAGGAAGGAAGGAAUCUCAUCAAUACUCGAGGUUGGCUAAAUCCACGCUACUCUUGAUCCCUCUGUUUGGAAUCAACUACAUCAUCUUUGCUUUCAUCCCUGAAGACAUCAACACUCGAAUCAGGAUGGUCUUUGACCUGAUUCUAGGAUCCUUCCAGGGGUUUGGGGUUGCAGUCCUGUAUUGUUUCCUAAAUGGAGAGGUGCAGGGGGAGGUGAAGCGGAAGUGGCGGCGGUGGAACAUGCAAAGGUUUCUGGGUAAAGGAGACACCAAGUACCAGCAGCCCCAGUAUCUGGGUAGCAACGGUAACAACUUCAGCACCCAGAUCACCAUGCAGACCAAGUGUAGCCCCAUCACACGCCGAGCCUCCGACUGCCAGGAACACUCCUCUGCUAUCUGAGCCCAGCUCUGGGUGUAAACAGAGGGCAGAGAAGAGAGGGCAACAGAGACGAGCUGCACUGAAGCGCUGUUUAGUAUUCAGUCAGCACAGCAGAGACCACCAGCCGACCACACACAACAACAGCAAUGAUAGGCUUAAAUCAGUUCCCAAGUAUUCCCACAAAUAAAAAAAAGAGAUAUGAUCGUGUCUCAAUGUAAUCAAGGUAUGAAAUUAUUGUUAUUAUCAAAUAGAAUCUCUUUUUGGGCUUAGUUGUGGUUGCAGUGUACACAUUAUUAUAUGGGGCAGCAGGUAGCCAAGCGGUUAGAGAGAAGCGAGCCAGCAACUGGAGGGUUGCCAGUUCAAAUCCCGGGUCCGACGGGAAAAAUCUGGCGAGAAGUGAGCUGGCAACCGGAGGGUUGCUGGUAUCAAAUCCUAGAUGCCAUUGCCUGUCAUUGUACCCUUGAGCAAGGCACUUAACCCCCCACAACAACAGCUCCCCAGGCGCUCAGUGUGGCAGCCCCCACACCUCCAAAACCUGUAUGUAUGUGUAUGUAUGUAUGUGUGUCUUUCGGAGUGGUUGGUUUAAAAGCUGAAGUCAAAUUUUGGUUGGACCUUGUGUGCAAUUGACCAAUAAAGUGAUAUUAAUCUUCAUAAUUAUGUUCCGGCCCGCCGACAAUCCGCUCGGACAAAAAUCAUCCCGCGGCUAAAUCUAGUUGCCUACCCCUGACCUACACUAUCUGUGUUAAGUCAAAAACAUUCCAGGUCAAAUCACCAAUGGAUAUAUCUGUGUGUGUAUUGAGUGUUGUGUCUGUCUGUGUGGCAGGGUUGGGUGUCAAUUCCAUUUAA